AUGUACUUCUAUUUGAUUCUUUGUUCUGGUAUUUUUCUUGGGUUUUCUCAAGCUUUUCUAAAUACUCGAGUAGUUCUCAAAUGUUUUCUGUGAGUUCCCCUUAAUAUUUUUCAGAAUAAUUAGAAUUUUGUAUAGAACCACAUCAACAUGGAAAAAAAUCGACUUCAAAUUGAUUGUUGCUCGAACUGUUUUAGAUAUUUUUCUUGGUUUCAUUGCUGUUUCACUGUUCACAUCUGUUAUGUUAUGUGAACUCUUCCCAGAAAUAUUUUCAGCAUUUAUAAUAUUUUGUGUUGGAUUAUUAGCUACACACGUGACAAUGAUUAGAGGGUUUUUAGCGGCAAGUAUUGCGAUCGAAAGAACUUGCGUCAGUUUCAGUUUCCUCUAUUUCAGUUGUCACUUCACUUCAGAAUUCGAAUUCAAGUUUGUUUUAGGCUAUUGUGUUUCCGAUUCAUUUCAAACAAUAUCGAACGCUAUUCACGAAUUUUCGAUUGUUCCCUGUAUUUCUUGCUGCUGCAUUUUUCGAUGAUUUUAUGUUAUUUUUGAUUUUCGGUUUGACGUUUCCAUUGAAUUCAGAAUGUCGUGCAUUUAUGUGUUUCGUGCCAUUGAAAUAUGUCAAUUAUGCCACUUUAUUAUUCACUUCAAUUACAUUUGUCAUCUAUUUUUUCUCACUUUUUCUUCUGAUCAAAAUGAUAAUUAUGUACUAUCAAAGCAUUCAAUUAUCUAAUGAUAUGUUGAAGGUGCACAGGUUUCUGAUUUGCAUUUAAAACACCAAAGAUUUCUAGGUUAAUCUUCUAUGUCUCGCCGAUCUUCUAUGCUCAAUUGUUUUCGAGUUCAUUCCAGCAGUGUUGGCCAAGUUCAUAGAAGUUCAAAAUAGUGUAGGACCUUUGCUGGGCGUUUUGAGAACUGCUGGUCGCGUAUGUGAAGCAAUCUCGAUGUUGCAACUUAUGAGAAGACAUAUUUCAUCUGGAACUGUUAGAAAAGCAUGGGAGGUUUCUUCGUAA